AUGACAAACGCCAACCGGCGAUCAUGGCAUAANAGCCGUGGACAGCAGGCGACUUUAAUCGCAGUCUAUAGCCGUGGACAGCAGGCGGCUUUAAUCGCAGUCUAUAGCCGUGGACAGCAGGCGACUUUAAUCGCAGCCUAUAGCCGUGGACAGCAGGCGGCUUUAAUCGCAGCCUAUAGCCGUGGACAGCAGGCGGCGUUAAUCGCAAUCUAUAGCCGUGGACAGCAGGCGACUUUAAUCGCAGCCUAUAGCCGUGGACAGCAGGCGGCUUUAAUCGCAGCCUAUAGCCGUGGACAGCAGGCGGCGUUAAUCGCAAUCUAUAGCCGUGGACAGCAGGCGACUUUAAUCGCAGCCUAUAGCCGUGGACAGCAGGCGGCUUUAAUCGCAGCCUAUAGCCGUGGACAGCAGGCGGCGUUAAUCGCAAUCUAUAGCCGUGGACAGCAGGCGACUUUAAUCGCAGCCUAUAGCCGUGGACAGCAGGCGGCUUUAAUCGCAGCCUAUAGCCGUGGACAGCAGGCGGCUUUAAUCGCAGUCUAUAGCCUUGGACAGCAGGCGGCUUUAAUCGCAGUCAGCCUUUAG